AUGAUAUUAAAACGACGGAUAUCAGUUAUUAACAAUAAGAUAUCAGAUAUGUGGCUUAUCAAAAAUGAUGCAAGGUCAGUACAUCGUCAUUGUUUGAGCAAUAAAUCAUUCAGUCGUCCUAGAUGAUGACCCGUGAUUUUGAAUUACAAUUUUAAGAUAGUCGCCACAUGAGUGGCACAGAAAUGAAACUUUAGACUUACGUUAAACAUUAAAAACGCCCAAUUAAAGCAGUUAUUUUCUUUUUUUAAAAAAGUAACAACAUGAAACGUAUAGCUGUAAUCGGAGCGGGUGCAAGCGGACUUACAGCUAUAAAGUGUUGUCUAGAUGAGGGUCUUGAACCCGUGUGUUUCGAGAGGGAUGACUAUAUUGGAGGGUUAUGGCACUACACGGGGGAGGUGGAGGAGGGUCAGGCUUGUGUUAUGAAAUCUACAGUAAUCAACACGUCUAAGGAGAUGAUGUGUUACAGUGACUUCCCUAUACCGGGCGAGUACCCUAUGUACAUGCACAACACAUGCGUUGAUCAGUAUUUUCAUAAAUAUGCUGACAAAUUUGAUCUCAAGAAAUACAUCAACUUCAGAACAGAGGUGCUCUCUGUGAAGCCAGCUAGUUGUCACGAAGAAACUGGCAAAUGGGAAAUUGAAACAAAAGCGAGAACAUCCGAAGACAAAGAAACGCACGAGUUUGAUGGCGUCCUUGUGUGCACUGGUCACCAUGCAGAAAAGAAUGUACCGGAGUUUCCGGGGCUGGACAAGUUCAAGGGCAAGGUUACGCAUACACACGAGUACAAAGAUUUCCAUGGUUACGAAGACAAGAAAGUUCUGAAAUUGGUAUAGGAAA